GCGCAUUAUUGAAUCGGAUAAUUGAUUAGAACAACACGAGGGAAUACCACACUUGCACUUGCACUUGCACAACAUAUUUUUCCCCAAGGAAAAUGACAAAAAAACCAGGGACAUUUUGGGAAAACAAUGGGAAAAGAUAACAAUAACAAUCUAAUACUCCAUCCUCCAGGGCGAGGAGAUCAAAUUGGGUUUAGUUGAGUUCGUAUUCUUCUCCAUUUUCCUACGAACCUAACACGAUGAUUAGUGUCGAAGAAUCCAAGACAUUGAUUUCCCUGAUAAGUUCAGACCAAACAUCUUUCAGUGAAGUAAUGGCGGAUUUUAACUCUAAAUUCCCUUCCUAUCUCCACUUGAGAUUAUGCACUGCUCUCGCCACUCUUUUAGAGGAUAACCUCAUUCUUCUUCCAAAUCAACGUCUAUGCGCAUUUUGUAUAAUUUAUCAGGCAUAUUCUUCUCAACAAGUUUCAGAUAAUCCGUUUGUUUCUCUUUUGAUCAAUGCUGCAUCUAAGGAAGAAGGUUCUGAUUACGAGAGAGCACUGAUUAUCCAGUUCUUAGGUUCAACUGGCAACGGAAGUAACAAGGAGGUUUUUAAACAAUCUGCGUCGGACUAUAUUAAAGGAUUUGAUCCUUCAUCGAUUACCUUCCCAAGUCGUGAACAUUUGCAAGAGCAAUUUUGCAGUAAAGCUCAUCCAGAGCCAUAUAACUGCUUGUUUAAGAACGCUUCUGUUAUCAAUGUGAUUCCAGAUCCAGAUGUCCCACCUCAAUGUGAUACAUCUUCAGAAGAAUUUGACUACCAAGCUGGAGCAAUGCCCAAAAUAGGAUCUGGUAACAGAGAUGAGACUCUAACUGGGUUAUUAGAAAAUCUGUCUCUAGAGGGGCUAGAACCUAAGUGGAUUAGGCCUCUUCCACCACGGUUUCCUCUUCAAGAUGGAGAGCUGGUUUGGCUCAACCCUGACAAUAAUCAUGAGCUUUUAUGGGAUUAUGGCAUGUGCGCGGAUACAAGUAGAGGAGCGGCAGUGAGAGAUUUAAUAUCAAAGGCUUUGAAAGGACCACUUGCUCCUGCGCAACAAGAGCAAGUUCUAGUGGAGUUAGCAAAUGAUCCUAAGCUGGUGUAUCACUGUGGAUUGACUCCAAGAAAGCUUCCGGAGUUGGUGGAAAACAAUCCUCUCAUUGCAGUUGAAGUUCUUAUCAAGUUGAUGAAUUCACCCGAAAUUUCAGACUAUUUCACUGUUCUCGUCAAUAUGGAUAUGAGUCUCCAUUCCAUGGAAGUUGUCAACAGACUUACAACAGCUGUGAACCUUCCCACAAAAUUUGUACAUAUGUACAUAACAAACUGCAUAUCCUCUUGUGAAAAUAUUAAGGACAAAUAUAUGCAGAACAGGCUUGUCAGACUUGUAUGUGUCUUCUUACAGAGCUUAAUUCGUAAUAAGAUCAUCAAUGUUCAAGAUCUCUUUAUCGAAGUUCAGGCCUUCUGCAUUGAGUUCUCACGAAUAAGAGAAGCUGCUGGUUUGUUUAGGCUACUCAAAACUUUAGAAUGAUUCACAGACGAUCAAGCAGAGUAAUGCCUGUCACUUAGUUCAUCUUCGCCAUCAUUCCUAAUUUUGUUUGAUCAUUCUUGUAUAUAAUGACAUUGCUCCUCAAAUCUCAAUUAUAGAGUUUCUUAGGUCUUUGUACUUGUUCUUCUGAUAAGACAAAAUAUCAUUUACGUAAAGAGAUUAGAGAGGGGCAAAUGUACUUCAAUCUUGUCUUCCUUGGGUUUAUAUUGAAAAAUUGGUACAAUUCUCGCUUAUUAGUUUUUUUCUGACCACUUCUUCCUCUGUGAAGUUUGAAAUGACAUUAUUGCAAUUAAGAUUUUGACAUGGAUUGCUGGAUUUUGAA